AUGUGGUGCUCUCGAUCCCUGUUCUGUCUGACUUUGCUCUUGUAUGGGGCAUUUGGAGAAUGCUUUGGAAUCGCUCUUGUGCCCAAGGACAAACGUGGAUGGACCCUCAACAGUGCCGGCUAUCUGCUGGGACCCCCACUUCUUCCUUUCCACUCUCAUCUCCCCAAAGCAGAUGCCCAGCAGACACUGCCCAACAGAGGAGGCUUGGCUGGUAAACGAGAUGCUAUGCAGGACUUGUAUUCUCUCGGGCCGGAUUCCUUAGUGCAUGCGGCCCAGCGUGCAGACGACCACAUCCUGCAAAUCCUGAUGGAUUUCCUUUCCUACUUGAACCUCCAAGAUCAGAGAGCUACCUCACGCCUGCCCCUUCGUCUCCCGGAAGAAUCCAUGCAGCAGCAGUGACCUGCGAUCCGCCUCCCUCAGGGCUGCUUGCGAGUGCCAGAAA